AUGGCGCGUUUAAAUUUAAAAUCUGACAAGAAAACGUCAGAAUCUCUGGAGAGCGUAGUGUUGGCUUUGAAUACUGGUAUUAACAAAAUACUGGAACAAAACAAGAAAACUGAUUUUCUUGAUAAAUAUGCAAAACAAUUAGUCCAUCUUUUUAGUGGGCAUGGUGACGGACACAAGUCUAAUGUUAGAGAGAAUAAAUACGGCAUAAAGCCCGAAGUCGUUCACUUCAACUCCGAAAAGCCCACGAAAAAAAUCGAACUCAACGCAAGAGUAUUGUCAAAUGCUCUAAGUAACUUUUUGCAGUCGGAUACUUUUAAGCACAAUUUUGAGAAUAUAGUCAGGCAAGCCAGCCGCGUCUAUCGCGCCGUACAGGAAGCUGAUGUUAAAAAGGCAUAA